AUGCCGCGUUUUUGCGCAGGCUUCGCAGAUCCUUCCGGCGGUGAGUCUGCACCGUGCAUCUUCGCCAAGGAUGGAUCUGGCAAGCCUGCGCGGGUGAAGCCACCUCGAGACCGUUGCGAGCUGUGCGACUUCGAGGGCUUGGGAAAGGUACUCCGCAGCGACCGCAGAAAAAGGAAGAUCGCUGAUGUGCUGGACAAAUGGGAAGCAUCGUGCUCACCAGUACUGAAGCACGUGUUCGUGGCCAGUGCGCUUUCUAUCGUGGGGCCAGAGUUCUUCGCCAAGAAGAAGAAAAAGAUGACCAGGUUCAAGCAGCGCUUCCAGAAGCAGCUAUAUCGGGACCAACUGCGCAAGGAAAUGGCGCAGCCGUGGACCCCAUCGUAUCCGAUCCUAUACGAAAGGUUUCCGAAAGAGCGGGUGGCAAAUUGGCGCGGAUGGUAUCUCCCUUCCGGGCUACACCUGAGCUUCCAAAACUUGCUGCGCAUUGGUUUGCACAAAACGCCGGUCUGGGAAGUGGAUGGUAUCAAAGCCGUCAAAGAAGGUUUGAUCACCGAGAAGCUCCCGCCCGAGUUCAUUCGCCGCCGGCAGCUGAUCUUCAGGAGCUGGUACUGGAGUUUCUCCGAACGAUGUCGCUUCUGCAAGGGAGAAUUGCGGGGUGCUGGGGUGGGAUACUGUCCGAAGCGGAGUUGCAAGCGAAGGCGCGACAAGAAGCUCCAAGCACUGCAUGCACAGCGACAAAAACUUGAGAGGUGGAUGAUCAGGAAGCACAUGAAAAUACGCGGCCUCAGCACGGAAGCGAAGUCUUUGGAAUCCAACCUGCACAAGAUUCGAUAUGGAUGGCACCUGGGCAUUGUCGGCAUUCUUCGAGACCACACAUUCCGACGCAUGUAUGGCUGCUUUCAGCAUGUGCUCACUUGUCCUGAGUCGCAGUUCUACAACUUCGCACAGAUUAGGCCAUUACACGACUUGCAACGCAGCAUUCAUCACCAACGUGUUUGGAUGUGUCACAUGCCUCUCUUCCAUGGCCCAAUACCUCUCGGCUUCUACUUUCUCGUGAAAGAGCCAGAAAUUUACGCGCACUGUGAACGGCCUCGUGACAAAGACGGAGACAUCGAGGCCAUUCGUGAUUGGCAGAUUGGUCAGCCCGGGCUACAUCACGACGUUUGCUGCUCGCAGAUUAGUUUGACGUGGCGAUUCACGCUGGAACGCUUCUGGUUGAGUGGGUAUCCAAAGUCGCUCCUGCAGAGCGAUACAUGGGGCCCUUUCUUCAAGGACAGUCGAAGAAGACAAUGGGAAAUCAAUUUUCAUGUCGCAGGAGACUUCCUGGUUGAUGCCCGACCACUGGCUGCGGAGCGGCCAGACUGUGUCGAAUGGCCUCGGCCAGAACUCGACCGCGAAAGAAUGGCGUAUCACCGCAGUUGCCAAAACUUGGCGAAUCGCCAACGGCGCAAACCACAGCCUGCAAGCAGGUGCGUGGGCCCUUUCGGCUUGUGUCCUCCAGUCUAG